AUGUAUAUACAACAAAAUUAUUCAUUUUGGCAAUAUGCACCUUAUACUGCUUUAGUAUUUCAUCUUUUAUUUAUUACACAUCGACCUAUUCAAAUGAAAUAUCCUCAAAAACAACUUGAAAUGCAAAAUAAAUUACGUACAAAUACAACAACAAUUGAAACAAUGUUAAAUGAUAUAAUACCUAAUCUUCGUCAAUAUCUUAAUAAAGACAUUAUUAUUCUCGAUAUUCUUCCAUAUAUGUUUGAAAUUCUUCAACCACGUCUUCGACAAACAAAUAUUGCAUUAUUUACUAAUAAAGAAAUGCGAGAUAUAAAAACAUUAAUCGAUGUUAUGAUAACAUUUAAUUUAUCAUACAUUCAACAACGAACUGCUAAUGGUGAAAAUGCAUUUGUACUUGAACCACCUGUUGACACAGUUACUUAUUUUUCUGGUACACAUGAAAAGCGUGGUUUAUCAUUUGGUAUACGUCAAAUGAUAUUUAAAGAAUUAAUUAAAGAACGUGUUAAACGAAAUAUUCGUCUUAAAUCUGAUAAACAAGAAAUGUUAGUUUCAGUUAAACGUCAAGUUGAUUUAACACCUAAACCAAAACCAUCUCAUGUAGAUAUGAUUAAAUUACAACCAAAGGUCAUUACUUCAAAUGGAACAAAUGUUACGAGAGAUUUUUUUGCUAAAUUUAAACUUGGUUCAAAAAAUUCACAAACAACAUCAAAAUCAUUUGAUCAAAUUGAUUCAAUUAAUAAACCAAUUGAACGAAAAGCAUUAAUUUCAUUUGCAUACAAUGAAGGUUUUUCGGAUGCUAUACGAUGUAAAAUUAAAAUUCAAGAUCUGCUCUAA